AUGGGAGGAAUUGGCAAGACAACUCUUGCCCAACUUGCCUAUAAUGAUGAAAAGGUUCAAGCCCAUUUCGACAAUAAAAUAUGGGUCUGUGUGUCAGAUCCUUUUGAUGAGAUCAAAAUUUCCAAAGCCAUCAUUGAUGGUCUGAAAAAAGGGAAUUCCCCAGCUUCAAAUGAGUUGCAAAUUCUCGUGCAAUUUAUACAUGAGUCCGUUAAGGGCAAGAAGGUUUUUCUUGUCCUAGAUGAUGUGUGGAACCAAGACUAUAGAAAGUGGGAACAAUUAAAGCUACCUUUACAAAACGGGGCUGUGGGUAGUAGAAUAUUGGUGACCACACGAAAAGAGGAAGUUGCGAGGAUGGUGGGAGCAUCCACUGAUAUGAUCAAUUUGAAGGUGUUGAGGGAAGAAAAUUGUUGGGUAUUGUUCUAUCACAUUGCACUGGCUGAUAGAGAAAAAAAUGAGUCUAAAGGGUUAGAAUUUAUUGGUAAAGAGAUUGUAAAAAAGUGUAAGGGUCUGCCUCUUGCUGCUAAGGCAUUGGGUGGUCUCAUGGGCUACAAGGAAACGAGGAAACAAUGGGAAGAUGUUUUGAAUAGUAAGAUAUGGAAUGUAGACGAGAUUGAGGAACAAGUUUUCCAACCUCUAUUAUUAAGUCAUUAUGAUUUGGCCCCGGCAAUCAAAAGGACGUGA